AUGCCGUACAAUACUCGUCGCAAAUCACUCUCGCUGCCGUCGCUGGGCAUCCACGUUCCUGUUACGCACGCCGCUCGCGCUGCCGCCGCCGCCGCUGCUGCCGCCGCAACCAAGCCUACCUCCUCCAACACCAUCGCAUCACCAGGAGCGUCCCCCGCAACCUCGUCCACCUCUUCGUCCAACACAACCUUCUCCCAGUCUGCUUCCUCUUCGUCUUCCACCCAGCGGCAGCUCACGCCCGUCUUCGACUCGACUACCAACAUGGCGCCACCUGCUACUACUCUUUCUUCGUCUGCCUCACCAAAGCGCACGUCGUCGGCCGUCGCGUCCGAUGAACAACGACCCUCGGCCAAGCGGACCAAGCGCAGCCACGACGCCUCCCCCAAGACCACCGCUGUCGCCACACCGCCCCAGUCGCCAAAACGCCAGCAGUCUGUCGAGUUGGACUCGUCUGACGUCGAGGAGGUCGAGAUUGACAUGGACGAGGUCAACGACGACAUUGUCGAGGCCGUCAUCAUUUUGCUCAAGUCCACUGGCAACCGCCCGCACCUGAUCAAGGAGCUGUCAGCCAUUCUGAUGCAGCAGCUCAAAUCCGUUCAACAGUCGGCAAAUCCCUGCGCCAUCAUCUCGUCUCGCCUCGCGUCCUACAUGAAGCGCCCCUGCUGGUCCGCCUCGAAAAACUGCCCUCUGACCAAGGAGCUCGAGAACAUUCACCCCCGUCGCACCUACUACUAUUUGACCACCUGCCCGCACCUGCCGCUCCCGGAUGCCUCGUCCGUCCAUUUCAUUGUGCCGCGCACCAGCAUUGUCACGCCACCGAUGUCGAGCGCCGCGUCCGGUUCCGAGACCACCGAGGAGGAGCGGCGCCGCGAACUGAGCCCGUCGCCUGAGGUCGACCUGUCUUCGCCCGAGUUUGACGACCUGGACGACGACAUUCCGAUGCCCGGCACGCCCAUCACGCACCUCUCCCACCGCUACCCCCGCUAUUCGCGCGAAGCGCGCUACCACCACGCCGGCCACCACCGCUCGGCCAGCUCGUACUCGUCUCGCAACCACCGCGGCGCGUCACCUCCUCUCGAAAAGGACGAGAAGGAGUUUACGCAGACCGCCGAGGGCCUCCAGAAGCAGAAGCACGCCGGCAGCCGCUUCCUGCUGUCGCCCGCUGCCAUUGCCGCCCAGGCCGCACCCCCCUCGUCCGCUACUGCUCAUGUGCACAACAACGGCAUGUUCUUGGACGACGCCGGUCGUGACGAGGCGCUGCUGUUUGGUUCGGAGACCGCCGCCGCUCGCCACAUGGAGUCCUUUGCGCUCAUGACGAGCCCGGCCAUGCGCCCCAUGUUCUCGCUUGGCCCUAAGAGGGACCACGAGGCCGAGAACUGGGCCAAGCUCGACAGCAUGGUCACCGGCUGGGACCGGUGCCCGGAGAACAUUGAGCUCGAUGAGCUCGACUGCCUGCUGGAUGAGUUUUAA